AGUGCGGAGCAGCCGCACUAUCGGAAAUGGUUCAAAUCACGUAAACUCCGUGUUUUCGGUGAACAAUAUCCGGUUUUCUUCGAAGGCGGCGGCGAUGCUAUAUUUUCCGAUAUAAACACACUAUGGGCGGGAUACGGUCCACGGUCCGCCAAAGAAGUCUACGAGAAACUCAAAGUGCUGGGUAAAUUUGAUACCGUCAUUUGCGAAUUGAUUCAUCCUAAAUUCUAUCAUUUGGAUACGUGCUUUACUCCAGUCGAUCGGACUACCGCCCUCUGGUUUCCGCCAGCGUUUUCCGAGCAAAGCAAAAAGGAGAUAAUGCGACGUCUACCACACUCGAUAGCUGUGUCCGAAGAAGAAGCGAAUGCAUUUGUCUGCAAUUCGAUUACAGUCCGAAAUACGGUAUUGUCCCCUGUGGGCAUUGCAGAGGCCACACGGGAGGCGUUAGCCCAUCGGCGAAUAUCCGUCAGAGAACUGGAUAUGAGUGAAUUCGUGAAAAGCGGUGGAGCCUGCCAUUCUCUUGUACUUCGCUUA